GGGGCGUGCUACUUUGGCCCACCCACCCAUUCAGAAGGACCUGAACGCCGCCAGGGGCAGGAUGAGGCUGACAGUGGCGCUAGCGGUGGUAUCCCUCGCGGCUGCCGCGAGGCACCACCACCACCACCACGGAGGUGGCGGCGGCGGCGGCGGUUCGGGAGGCGGCGGCGGCGGUGGUGGCGGUGGCGGCGAUACCUGCCGCUGCCUGCCCCCGUCACAGUGCCGCGUGGCACCGGCCGGCGUGUCUCUGACCAGCUGCACUCUGUCCGACCAGUCCACCGGAGUCUGCUGCCGACCGCCCCCGAGCGGUGGAACUACCGGGUCCCUUCCCGAUCUCAUCAGCUCUCGGCGCCGCGGCAAGCCCGCAAAAUGCUUGAGUUCGGAAGACACCAAGGGCCACGUGCAGACUGUCCAUGACGGUAAUACAUACAUACAUGCAUACAAGGCGGAAGAGGUGUUAUCUGCGCAGAAGGACUUGGAAAGUCGCUUGCUGGAGCGUGGAUUAGUGGCUCGCGGCGCGUCAAGAUCUCACAGACGUCCGCAGCAUUACAGUCCGGCGCAGCAGAGCUCCGCACGGCGAGCUCUCCUUCAGCUGGAGUCCUCCAAACGCUGCGACCGAGGCCGCGGCCACUCGGGUGGCGGCGGAGGCGGCGGCGGCGGCGGCGGCGGGACGAGCUGUCCGGACCCGUCGACCCCGGCGUGCCCCUCCUCUCCGUCUUUCCGUACCGCCGACGGCUCCUGCAACAACCCGACCAACCGGCAGCUGGGUAUGGCCGGCCAGGGGAUGCUGCGUCUCCUGCCGAGCCGGUACGGGGACGGCGUGUUCACACCGCGCACCCAGCAGACGGACGGCUCGCCGCUGCCCUCCGCCCGCCGCGUCAGCACCACCGCCACCACCGACUCCGAGGCCGCCGACGACCGCUUCACCCUCUCCGUGAUGCAGUGGGGGCAGUUCGUCGACCACGACCUGGCGCUGACGCCCAUCUUCACUCUCAGCGGCGGUGCGGGCAUCGCGUGUUGUACGGCGGACGGCCAGGCGCUGCCUGCAGCCGACACGCAUCCGCAGUGCUUCGCCAUCGAUAUCCCCGCCGACGACCCGUUCUACGGUCCUCUGGGAGUGCGCUGUAUGGACUUUGUUCGUUCUCUGCCCGCCGAAGCUCCCGCCUGUGGUGCCACGACUGAUGCCCAGCAGCAGGAUGUUCUCACUCACUACCUGGAUGGCUCGCAGAUCUACGGGUCAAGCCUGGAGCAGCAGACACAUCUUCGCGAGCUCAGCGGGGGACGCCUCAAGUCGCAGGCCGGCACGCUUCUCCCCGUUGAUGAUGAUGCCUUCUGCGCAAACGCGACCAUGCAAUGUUUCGAGGCGGGCGAUGAGCGGGUCAACGAGCAGGUUAGUUUGACCCUGGCCCAUACCAUCUGGCUUCGUGAGCACAACCGUAUAGCGGCUGUCCUGGCUGCGAAACACCCUGAAUGGAAUGACGAGCGUCUGUUCCAGGAGGCGAGACGCAUUGUCAUUGCCGAGUACCAGCACAUCACCUAUAACGAAUGGCUGCCGACGCUCCUCGAUCUCGACUAUCUCUCUCGCAACGAACUGCUGAUGGAUAGCGGUACCAGUCACUCGUUCAAGUAUCGUAGAGAAGUCAAGGCGCUCAUCACCAACGCAUUCGCCACGGCGGCACUGCGCUUCGGUCACAGCCUGGUCUCCGGAACAAUCGGCCUGUUCUCUUCGCUAGGUGUCCAGACUAGCAGCGUCAUGCUUCGGGACGUCUUCUUCGACCCGCACCUCCUCUACGACCCCCAGCGUCUCACGCAGCUCGCGCGCGGUCUCGCCGCCCAGCGCACGCAGAAGCUGGAUGGUAACUUCGCCUCGGACCUAACCGAGCACCUGUUUGAGGCUGACGGAGCCUCUCACGGGCUCGAUCUCGUCGCGCUCAACAUUCAGCGCGGGAGAGACCACGGUCUGGGCACCUACAACGACGCGCGUGAGGCCACAGGUCGGCCACGUGCCACCUCCUGGGCCGACCUGCAAGGCGAUAUGACCAGCGCGGCCAUCGAGGCGCUGCAAAGCGUGUACCAACACGUCGACGACGUGGACCUCUUUAUCGGCGGCGUGCUGGAGCAGCCGAUACCGCAUGUCAUGCUCGGUCGGACCUUCAGCCGGCUCAUUGGUGACCAGUUCAUCCGCCUGCGACACGGCGACAACUUCUUCUACGACCUGGGCGGCUCGGAGCGGCCGUGGCGGCUGUCGGGCGCGCAGCUGGAGCAGGUGCGCCGCGCCAGCUGGGCGCGCGUGCUCUGCGACAACGUGGCCGAUGUGACGCGCAUUCAGCCGCUGGCCUUCCGGACGGCCGACAGCGGCUCCAACGCCGUCACAAGCUGCGGCAGCCAGGCCAUCCCACAGGUCGACCUGGGCCCGUGGUAGAAGAAAUCGGGCUUGCUUGGGGCUAGCGCCUUCUUUGGCGACGCCGUAAGCUGUAUAGGCAGCACUGUUUCGUGGGCGCCUCUUCCAGUUCCAACAUGGGGAAAAGUAUUAUAUCCGCGCUUUCAUACUAGUUAAACAAAUAUAUCUCCAAAUGCUGUA